UUCAAAUUGGUUGUGUUUUGAAUGUUUUUGUUAUCAUGUUCUGUUUUUAUUACAUUUCACACUUUACUCGUAUUAUUUGUAGUUAAUAAUUUUGUUGAAUUAAUAUUGGAAUAAUAUUCGUUAAACCCAUACAAACUAUUGUAAUGUGCAGUAAUGGAUACCGAAAGUGAGUUCCAUUUCGAGUGUCUUUGUCGUACAUGCAUGCAUGAAGUGCCUGCUGCGAACUCAUAUGCCGCGUCCUCGAAUGAAGCUACGGAACAACACUUACAAUCCAUCUUUAACACCGUGGCUGAAUGUGGUGCAAUGCGUAUUACAGAACUGUUAGCUAGAACUAUGCCACAACUACAAUUAAAUCUAAGCGAGGAACUGCCGCAGCACAUAUGCCGUAUAUGCCUGGAGCAAUUGAUGAGUGUUUAUCGCUUUCAACAGAUGUGUUUGCAAUCCGAACACCAAUUGCGCGAGUGGCUGGCAAAACGUUAUACUGAUUUGAAGCCUAUAACCGAGAUUGUUACCGAAACAAAAGUGUUUGCAUUACCUGAACCGGUGAUAGACACGAAUGGCAUUGAAAUUACAAAUGAUGGAGUGGCUCAACCAAAUACAGAUGAUCCGCUACAAAACAUUACUGAAAUAAUUAAAAUAAGUAAAGAUGACUCGAAUAAUAUAAGUGUGUAUCUGAAAAGAGAGUUAAGCGAUGAUGAAAUAUGUACGCCGACUUAUGCAGAAGCCACAGCAUUAACCGAGCAACUUCUUGCAACGCAAAUCAAAGUUGAAAAUGAAACGUCAAUAGCUGCAGCAGAAACCACAACCAGCGAUGAAGUUUCAAGUCAUGAAGAUAUCGAGGAUAGUGACGGGGAUAAGUUGACCGUAAAUGCUUUACACAAAGCUCCUGUCAAAGACGAUAUUUCCAAAGAUCCGUCAACUCAGCAUACCUGCACACGUUGUAGUAAAACUUUCGCUACACGUCGCUACUUGUUAAGACAUUUUAGACGUCAUAAAAACUCGGAUGAACAAAUUAAUACAACCACAACAACAGAAAAAAAUACGCAGAGUUUAAGUUUAAAAUGCGAUCUCUGUGGGGCACACUUCAGAAAGGCUGAAACCUUACAGAAACAUAAGGAAACACACAAUGAGAAAACGGAAGAAUUAAAUACAUUGUCCGCACCGUGCUUUGAGUGCGAUUUAUGUGAUAUGAAAUAUUGCACGCAACGCACAUUAACAAGGCAUAAACGACAGCAACAUAGUGGCGAAAAUUCGGAGGCGAUACCCAAGCCACAUUCUUGUGAACUUUGCAACAAGAGUUUCCAACAAUCGGGCACACUGAAAGAUCACAUGCGUACACACACAGGGGAGCAGCCAUAUUUGUGUUCUGAGUGUGGGAAGGCAUUUAAUAGCUCCAGCAAUUUGAAACAGCAUUUAUUACGACACACUGGUGUUAAGCGUUACGAGUGCCCUGACUGUCCGAAGAAAUUCCCUUGCCUCAGCGAUUUAGCUUCACACAAAGCAGUGCAUCAACAGAUCAAGCCACAUGUUUGUGAUAUCUGCGGCAAUGGAUUUGGCAAGCGUUAUCAGUUAAAGAAGCAUAAAAUGUAUCAUAAUGGUGAAAAGCCACACAAAUGUGAAUAUUGUGAAAUGCGAUUUGUCUGCAUGGAUCACCAGCGUCGUCACAUGCGUACACACACGGGAGAAAAGCCAUACAAAUGUAAAUACUGUGAACGCGCCUUUGCUCAGAGCAAUGAUCUAAUUAAGCAUUUGCGCACGCACCUCGGUGAAAAUGUUUAUAGAUGUGAAUUGUGUCCAAGCGCCUUUCGUUUAGCAACUGAGUUGCGUAUACACUUUGCCGACCACAAGAAUGACGAUGAGGCGACGCGGGCACGAAAUUUGCAAGCGCUUGCCGAAGCGGAGGAUAAAAUGCGUUUGAGUAUGACGACGAAAAGUCGACUGCAGCCGCAAGAUGUGGCAACGUAG